GAGCCUCCCAGCCCGCUAGCUCCCCGGCUGCCAUGAUGUGCAGCCACCACCACCAUCACCCUCUUUGCCAGGCUCUUUCUUUCCUCUCCCUUUCCCCCUUCUUCAUUCACUCUCUCUCUCUCUCUCUCUGUGAGUCUGGCAGGGAGAGGCAGCAUCAAGGGCAGCCCUUAAACAUGUCUGCCUGAAAGCACCCCCUUUUCACUUUGCAAGGACCAGCCCCAGUCUCCACCACUUUGGCCUCUUGCCCAAGGGCUACCACCAGCAAAGAGCCGCAGGCUGGAUGUGGGCCCGAAAUGGUCUUUAUUGUGUCUCUUCACGGCAUCUGAUGGGCACACCUUGAACAUCUGAGAGGUUUUUGCUCACAACCUUCCAGCCUUGGCAGCCAUUUCCUAUACAAACAAAGCAACAUUCUUCAGUGCCAUUGAAUAGAAGAUCAGAAGGUGCCAUUUCCAGUGUUGUGCUUCCCUUGUGAAAUGGUUGCCUCUGCAAAGCACCAAUCUGUGGCUGACUUCCAUCAUGCACCAGAUGACCAAGCUUUGAAGGACGUAACGGGGAAACAUGGCACACACUGGAAGAUCUCAUUCUCUUGGGAAGCAAGAGGCAAGGGGAACCCCGCUUAGCAGUCACCCUCUUGCUCCUGCGGCCGAGUAUCUUUUGUGCAGCAAAAGGAGAUCCUGUGAGGAGAUUUUUUUUGUAAACUGCGGUCUCUCUCUUUCUCUUUGUUAGCUACAGACACACACAGCUUUCCAGCCAGGUUCUGGGAGGUAAGUUGUGGAAGGAAAAAGAAAAGGCAGAGGGGAUGAUUGGAAUGCAGGUGGCUGUUAUCUGGGGUUGUUUUAGGGGACUGUCUAGAAAGAGUGAGGAGAGGGAGAAGAAAUGGGACAGGAAUUGCCCCCACACCAGAGAAGAAAGCAACUGAGCCCCUCUUAUUUUGCAGGAUUUGUUGGCAACUCAGCGAGGGUUGCCAUAGCUUUUUAUGUAGGGUGACCAGAAACCGGCUGAAACUGGUUUGAGGCAGAUCAGCUCCUGAACACAAUGCAGUCAUUGAGCUGCUACAGUGGGAUAGCUUCCUAGCUCCAUGGCAGCCAAAAGCAGAGGAUCUAGCAGAAAAGAUACCACCAUCCCCUAACAAUAUGUGAAUUCACACUUUAGACACACAGCGCUGGUAUGUGGCUAAUGUAAUAGUCAUAAAGGUUUCUGUGUAUCUAUGUACAUCUUUGCAGUGACUGCGAUUACUUUGGCUGGUUCCUGCCUUUUUCUUUCUUUCUUUUUGGGGUGGAUUUUAAAAAAAUGAUUUUUCCCUUUUGCUAAAGAAAUGGACAACAACUGAGAUUUGCCACCCUGAUUUCAAAAGAGGUGGUACCCAUGGGUAUCUAGGUGUUUUUGUUUAUAUUUUUGGAAGCUGAACAAAAUAAAAAUGGAAUGAACAAUUUCUGUUUCUGCAUAUGCUUAUAGCUGAGGAUAGCUGCUUUGCAUGCUGAUUUUAUUUACAGGAUGCUGUCUUAUAGGUUUCUUUUCAGGAGGAAAAAGAAUGUGUGCUGUGUCUCUGUUUAAAGGCCAGGAUCAACUAUUGUUAGAAGAAUGUGCAUGAAAGCAUUUACAAAACAGGCUUAUAAAGGCAUACUCUUUUCUUUUCUCCUUGUAGGCCUAUUGAUUGGGGCUGCCUUUAACCCUUUCAGGUUUUCAGUGGUUAUGCAUCUGUGGAAUUAUAGCUGACUACUGGCAUUAAAAAUAUUUCACAGGUCAAGGUACACAAGAUUUACGUCUAAACAAUUAACGUGAUCAUGGGAGAUAUGAAGACUCCAGACUUUGAUGACCUUCUUGCAGCAUUUGACAUCCCAGAUAUGGUUGAUCCUAAAGCUGCUAUUGAAUCUGGACACGAUGAUCAUGAAAGCCACAUAAAACAGAAUGUACAUCCUGAUGAUGAUUCCCAUGCACCUUCAUCAUCUGAUGUUGGUGUAAGUGUCAUUGUGAAAAACGUGCGAACUGUUGAUUCCUCUGAAGGAGAGAAAGAUAGCCACCAUUCCACAGGCAAUGGUUUGCAUAAUGGGUUUUUAACUGUAUCAGCUCUAGAAGGUUAUAAUAAAGAGGAGGGCAAGUCUCCCAAAGAUGAGGGCUCAGUUUCAGAGACUACACUCAAAGAGUCGGCUUUCAGCCAGUUUAGCCCUAUAUCAAGUGCAGAAGAAUUUGAUGAUGAUGAAAAAAUUGAAGUUGAUGACCCUCCAGAUAAGGAAGAGAUGCGUGUAAACUUCAGAGCUAAUCUGUUAACGGGGUCUGUCUCUCAGCAUGACUAUGAGAAGUUAAAAAUGCUUGGAGGAGAGACCCUGAUUAAGCCUGGAGUUGCAAGUUCAGGUAAUGCUGAUAAAAACAAGGUUCUUAAAAGAGACUCUGAAGUGAUUUCUACAUCUUUAGGUAUAUAUGAACCAUUUAAAGCAAGAAAACUGGAUGAGAAGUUGCUUAAAGAAAGCCCUGAAAAAUCACUUGAAAAUAGGGUAGUGGAUGGAAAAAUAAGCACUGAAAAAGGGGACACAAAUCUUACCAGUGUUUCACAGUCUAAGGCAAAGUCAUCUGCAAAACUCUCCUCAUGUAUUGCUGCAAUUGCUGCUCUUAGUGCUAAAAAAGCAGCAACAGACACUGGUAAAGAGCCACAGUCAAAUUCAAGAGAACCCUCACCCUUACCAAAGGAUACAAAUGAAAGUCCUAGGGCCAUUGAGAAAUCACCAGAAUCUCAGAGUCUUAUUGAUUGCACUAAAAAAUCCUCUGUGAAACAACCAGAUAGUCCCAGAAGUGUAUCAAGUGAGAAUAGCAGUAAAGGGUCUCCACAAUCACCUGCAGGCUCAACACCAGCAAUUCCAAAAGUUCGCAUAAAAACUAUCAAGACAUCAUCUGGGGAAAUCAAACGGACAGUUACAAGAGUGCUGCCAGAAGCUGAUUUGGAUGGCAGUAGAAAACCAGAGCAAACAGCUUCCAUGGUUACUUCCGUGACGUCACUGCUGUCCUCUCCAACUUCUGCUGCUGUCCUGUCUUCUCCCCCAAGAGCACCACUUCAGUCAACGGUUGUCUCCAAUGCAGUUGCUUCUGCAGAACUCACUCCAAAGCAGGUUACUAUUAAGCCUGUAGCUACUGCUUUUCUUCCAGUGUCAGCUGUUAAGACAGCAGGAUCCCAGGUUAUCAACCUGAAGCUUGCUAACAACACUACAGUGAAAGCUACAGUAAUAUCUGCAGCAUCGGUGCAGAGUGCCAGCAGUGCCAUUAUCAAAGCUGCCAAUGCUAUACAGCAGCAGACUGUUGUGGUGCCAGCAUCCAGCCUAGCCAGUGCAAAACUUGUGCCAAAGACAGUUCAUCUUGCCAACCUUAAUCUACUGCCUCAAAGUGCUCAGACCACCUCUGAACUCCGCCAAGUGCUCACCAAACCUCCACAACAGAUCAAGCAGGCAAUAAUUUCUGCAGCAGCUUCACAGCCUUCAAAAAAAGUAUCGCGAGUCCAGGUGGUGUCGUCUUUACAGAGUUCUGUAGUCGAAGCGUUCAACAAGGUGCUCAGCAGUGUUAACCCUGUCCCUAUUUACAUCCCGAACCUUAGUCCUCCUGCAAAUGCCGGCAUCACUUUACCCACACGCGGUUAUAAGUGUUUAGAGUGUGGGGACUCAUUUGCCCUUGAGAAAAGUCUGACACAGCAUUAUGAUAGGAGAAGUGUGCGCAUUGAAGUCACCUGCAACCACUGCACAAAGAACCUUGUUUUCUAUAACAAGUGCAGCCUUCUCUCCCAUGCUCGUGGACACAAAGAGAAGGGGGUGGUAAUGCAGUGUUCCCAUUUGAUUUUGAAGCCUGUUCCAACAGAUCAAAUGAUAGCUUCUCCUACAAACUCUUCCGUUACAUCAUCCAUUCUUCAAAGUUCUAUUGUGGGCACGCACACUGUAACAAAGAUACAGUCUGGCAUAACUGGGACAGUCAUAUCAGCUCCAGCAAGUACUCCUGUUCCUCCAGCAAUGCCUCUAGAUGAAGAUUCAUCAAAGCUAUGCAGGCAUAGCCUGAAGUGUUUGGAGUGCAAUGAAAUUUUCCAAGAUGAGACAUCUCUAGCUACGCAUUUCCAGCAGGCUGCGGACUCAAGUGGACAAAAGACCUGCAGUAUAUGCCAGAUGUUGCUUCCAAACCUCUGCAGCUUUGCAUCACAUCAGAGAAUUCAUCAGCAUAAAUCCCCAUACACGUGUCCUGAAUGUGGUGCAAUAUGUAGGUCGGUGCACUUCCAGACCCAUGUCACAAAGAACUGCCUCCAUUACACUCGAAGAGUUGGCUUCCGCUGUGUCCAUUGUAAUGUAGUGUACUCGGAUGUGGCAGCGCUCAAAUCUCACAUUCAAGGUUCUCACUGUGAAAUCUUCUACAAGUGUCCCAUUUGUCCAAUGGCAUUCAAGUCAGCACCCAGCACACAUUCCCAUGCCUAUACGCAACAUCCUGGAAUCAAGAUAGGGGAACCAAAAAUCAUAUACAAGUGUUCUAUGUGUGACACAGUGUUUACCCUGCAACCUUUGCUCUAUCGCCACUUUGACCAACACAUUGAAAACCAGAAAGUGUCUGUCUUCAAGUGUCCAGACUGCUCACUUUUAUAUGCACAGAAGCAACUAAUGAUGGAUCAUAUCAAGUCGAUGCAUGGGACACUGAAGAGUGUUGAAGGGCCACCAAACUUGGGUAUCAAUUUGCCACUGAGCACAAAGCCCACCACACAGAACUCAGUCAGCCACAACAAAGAGGACUCCAAAUCUGUCAAUGGGACAGAUAAAAGAGAGAAGAAAUCUCCCUCUCCUGUGAAGAAGGCAGAUCCCAAAAAAGUACCCAACCCUGGCUGGACAUGCUGGGAAUGUGAUCAGCUGUUUAAUCAGAGAGAUGUUUACAUAUCCCACAUGAGGAAAGAACAUGGAAAGCAAAUGAAGAAACAUCCUUGUCGACAGUGUGACAAAUCUUUCAGUUCGUCGCACAGUCUUUGUCGCCACAAUCGAAUCAAGCACAAAGGCAUUCGGAAAGUUUACACCUGCUCGCAUUGCCCAGAUUCAAGGCGUACUUUUACCAAGCGAUUGAUGUUAGAAAAACACAUUCAGUUGAUGCAUGGCAUUAAGGAGCCUGAUGUGAAAGAGAUGGCAGAAUCAACCAAUAUAGGAGAAAGUGCAGUCAAAGAAGAUACCAAGAUGUAUUCUCAACUUCAGGUUCCCAGUCCGAAGCGUAAAUUGGAGGAGCCUGUGCUGGAAUUCAGGCCCCCUCGAGGUGCCAUCACUCAGCCACUAAAGAAAUUGAAGAUUAAUGUUUUUAAAGUUCACAAAUGUGCAGUUUGUGGCUUUACAACAGAGAACCUUCUUCAGUUCCAUGAACAUAUUCCCCAGCAUAAGUCUGAUGGCUCUUCUUACCAGUGUCGUGAAUGUGGUCUCUGCUAUACCUCCCACGUAUCUCUUUCCAGGCAUCUCUUCAUUGUGCAUAAGCUGAAGGAACCUCAGCCAGUCUCGAAACAGAAUGGAUCCGGGGAAGAUAGUCAACAGGAGAACAAACCCAGCCAUGAGGAGGAGUCUUUAGGCAACUCCAUGUCUGAUAGGAAGUGCAAAGUUUGUUCAAAGACCUUUGAAACUGAAGCUGCCUUAAAUACCCACAUGAGGACACAUGGGAUGGCCUUUAUUAAAUCCAAACGAAUGAGUUCGGCUGAAAAAUGACCUGCCCAUUCCAUAUGCAUUUUGCAAAAACAAAAAAGCUUUCACUACUUGACACUUCUCUUUUUCAUGUUUCUCUUUUUAGUACAGAACAUUGCCCACACAAUAGAGUUAACAAUUCUUCCUCACUGUUGCAAUAUAUUCUCUACUUUUAGGUUUUUCCUCACCUUUAGGUUCCUCACCUUUAGGUUUUUUCCUCAUUUUUAGGUUUUUCCUCACCAUUAUAGAUACACAUACAAACACACACGUAGACAUAGAUAUAUGUAUAUACAUAUAUUUUUUAAAAAACACCCUCAAAACAGCAUUAAAUGAAGCAGUAUUUGAGUUGAACAGAAUUUGUAUAUAUUUAAACAGAUAGUUUUUAUACUCUUUGUUAUGUGUUUAUAUUGGUACUUAGUGGGAAUAUCUUUUUUUUUUUCUUUUUUUUUUGGGGGUCAGUCUUUUUCUUUUUGUGUUUUCUAACAGCAAAUUUGUUUGCCUAAGAAUCCAUUAAACUGCUUCAUGGGUCAUUCCUUUCUGACAGUAUGUAAGCAGCAUGGAAGCAUGGUGUUCCCCUGUAUGUUCUUUCCCUACCAUUCUGUCAGGAGCUUGAACCACACAGGUGAUGCUGACAUAGGCCAGAACUGUAUCACAGGGUAUGUGCAUAUGCCACAGGUCUCUUUAGUGUGACCUAAAGUGAAAUUCCCAGAGUUAUGUGGGAUGUCAUGCACCAUGCUGGCUCAUGGACCUCUAAAUCAGAGAGGAGCAAGGGGUGUCAGGAGAUGCUUGUGUUGUGACAGGUUUCAAGAUGAAUGAAAAGCAAGUGUUUGGAUUUUUUUAAAAAAUAUCAUGAGACUUGUUUCCUCACCCAGCUUAGUACAUUUUGUAGAUUCUUAUGACCAGAAAAAUUUGGGAUCAUUUUAGUCUGAUAUUUUGAAUAAGAAUUCUAGGUGCUUUUUUCCUGGUUCAAUCUCUCGUGUCUAAAAAACACAAUGACUAGAAAAGCCAGAAGGAUAGUCUCCUGCACAAAAGCCUCACUGAAUGAGUGGGACCUGCAGGAAAGCACAAGUUUUCUUUUCUGCAGUGCUUGUGCAAGAGAAAUAUUCUGGAGCAUUGUGCUGUUUAGUAACCAUAAUGUUCCUUGGCUGUCCUCUAAUAGGUCAUUAGAGGCUCUAUCACCUUUUUAAGCUCAGUGAAAAGAUAUAUUUCAGUAAUUUCUUCAAAAUGAGACACAGGAUAAAUAUAGUAGCUUUAGAGAGACAAAUGUGUUCUGUACGUUGCAAGAGUUGCAAAUGGAAAGAGGAAGGUCAUGUGUCAUGUCUUUUUUUACAUACCAAAUUGAAAUAUUUAUUCCUGCUUGACUGGUUGCAUAAGAUGAUAGAAGGCCACCAGGUGAUGUUAAAUCAGAUGUUCUCAGACUCAAGACCCUGUCAAAAAGAUAACCUAUCAUAGGAAGCUGCCUUAAAUUCUCAAAUUAGGUGUCUUGUCCAUCUAACCCACUGUUGUUUCCUGUGAUUGAUUUGACAGCACCUUUAUAGAGUCUCUGGAUCUCACUGAAGAUGCUAAGGAUCUUAAGGACCUUAAUAGAUUAGAAAGCUGGGCCAAAGCUAACAAAAUGAAUUUCAACACGGAGAAAUGUAAGGUACUGCACAUAGGACAGAAAAAUGAAAUGCACAGAUACAAGAUGAGGGACAUCUGG